CUGGUUAAUUAAGCAUAUUGCUGGGUGUACUCACUAAUUACAUAGGGAAUAGGCUGGUUGAACAGUGGUUUAGAGAAAAGUCAGCAUUGGUGGCCAUUUUAGCUAAGUGAUAUGUUUUAUUGGACAUGAACCUCAGUGCUAAAGGCUUUAUUAAACACACAAAAUGUGUGAAACUCCUGCUUCUGUUGCCCACAAGAUUGAUGAUGCAGAGUGUCACUUUCUCAGCCCUAUUUAUGGGGACUCUGAUGCAGAAGGUGAAAAAACUCUCCCUUUCACCCCUGAGGUCAGUAAGACUUUGUCCAUGUGCUCGAUGGCCUCCUCACAGAUCCCUUUUGACAGUACAUCUCUUUCUGAAAGAGAUGUAGAGUUAAUGGUUCCAAGCUCGGAACAAAAUCUAGUAAAGGUUCCUAGUGAAGAAAAUGUUUCAAAAAAGCUCCAUGUUUUUGGAACUAUGGUUUCAAAGGCAUUUUUUCCUAACAAAUGGAAAGGAGUGGAUGAGACUUGUCAAAAGAAACAAUCAACUAAGCCCUGCAGUUCUGCAAUGAGGAAGUCUUCUGGACAGAAGAGGAUUCUAAGUUCCGAUAUUGAUGUUGCUUGUCCUGUCAUGACCAAGGUUGAGAGGACAAAUCAAAAAUGUGGACCACUAGCAAAAGAAACUGGGUCAAAGCUGGCAAAGAGUAGAUUGCCACUUUCCCUUAAGAAAUAUGCCACUGUAAAUCCAGGUAAAGAUGACAAGGAGGUGGAGCCAAGAAAAAGUAUUUGUAAUAUCUCUACCAAAAUCCUAAAUUUACAAGAAUGUGACCGCUCUGGACUGCAAAGUAACUCACAAAAGGCUAAAACUAUUUCUCUAGCUGCUAAGGAGUCCAACACCGUUGAAGGACUAGUAAUCUCUCGGCCUGAAUGUGAAGUCACAAAUAAAGAUGCCCCAAAAGUCUUUGAGUGUUCAUCAGAGGUUAAUAUGUUACCAGUGCAAAAAAGAAGCCUUGCUGUUUCUAGACCAUUAGCGGAUUGUGGCAACCAGGAGAAUACUGCAGUCACAGUGGCAGUGAGAGUUCGACCUCUAAAUGAAAGGGAGCUUUCCAGUGGCUACAAAUGUGUCAUGUUUGUCUUGGGCCAGACAAUACAGAUCCAACACCCACAGACCAACCAGCACCUUUCCUUUCAGUAUGACUUUUGUUUUUGGUCCCUUGAACCUGGUGACUCCUCCUAUGCCUCGCAAGAAGUAGUGUACAAUCAAAUUGCUCAACCCCUUUUGCAAGGGGUCUUCCAGGGGUACAAUAUGUGCUUGUUUGCAUAUGGCCAAACUGGAUCAGGAAAGUCCUACACAAUGAUGGGGUUCAAUGAAGAGGCUGGUAUCAUUCCAAGAUUUUGUGAAGAAUUAUUUCAAAAUGUAGGCUGCACUGGUCAAGAAGAGGUAAAAUAUAAUGUGGAGAUGAGUUACUUUGAAAUCUACAAUGAAAAAAUUCAUGAUCUUUUAACUUCACCCAAAGACCAGGCUCUUAACAAGGUUGCUCUUAAAGUGCGAGAACACCCUACGUUUGGACCCUAUGUUGCAGGCCUUUCUACGUAUGUGAUUGCCUCCUUCGCAGAUGUGCAGACGUGGCUAGAGCUAGGAAAUAAGCAGAGAGCAACGGCAGCUACAGGAAUGAAUGAGAAGAGCUCACGUUCCCACUCUGUGUUCAUUCUGUCUGUUUCACAGACCAUGAGAGAGCUACUGGAAGGCGAAGUUCAUGAUCAUACAAGGACAAGCCGUGUUAAUCUUGUAGAUCUGGCUGGAAGCGAGCGAUGUAAUUCUGCACAAACUAGUGGUGUCCGACUGAAGGAAGGAGCCAGUAUUAACAAGUCUUUGCUGACCCUGGGAAAAGUGAUUUCAGCCCUUUCAGAGAUGUCAGAAGUUAAAAAAAGAAGCUUCAUCCCUUAUAGAGAUUCUUUGUUGACGUGGCUGCUGAGAGAGAGCCUUGGUGGGAAUUCGAAAACAGCCAUGAUUGCCACAGUCAGCCCAGCAACUGUGAACCUGGAGGAAAGUCUUAGCACCUUACGGUAUGCUAGCCAGGCAAGAAACAUAAUUAAUGUGGCCAGGGUAAACGAGGAUUCCACUGCUGCACUAAUAAGAGAACUUAAGGCAGAGAUUGAUAAGCUUAAGGCAGCUCAGCAGUGUGUACAGGGCGUGGAUCAGGAAACGUAUGAUGCCAGUUUGCAUGAAAUCCAGUCUUUGAGGGAGAGACUUUUUAUCCAGGAGAAGGAGUUGACCGAGACCCAGAAGUCUUGGGAAGAGAAACUUGAACUAGCCAAACAACAAAAAGAAGAAGAAGCCAAAGAACUACAGAAAGCUGGCGUUUGUUUUAAAGUUGACAACAUGCUUCCAAAUCUGGUCAAUCUGAAUGAGGAUCCACAGCUUUCUGAAGUGCUUCUUUAUAUAAUCAAAAAGGGUCAGACUAUGGUGGGCAAGCAGCAUCCAGGAUCUGACCAUGAGAUACAGCUGACUGGAGCCCUUAUAGCUGAAAACCAUUGCCUCAUCAAUAAUAAAGCGGGUCAAGUGUCUUUAACCCCAUUGCCUGAUGCAGAGACCUUUAUCAAUGGAAACCUUGUUCGAAAUCCAAUCGUUCUACACCACGGAGAUAGAGUGAUCCUUGGUGGCAACCAUUACUUCCGUUUCAACCAUCCCACAGAGGUUGACAGUGUUAGGCGUUCUGUGAUGCCUCACACAAACCAGGAGGGCCCCAGAGACUUUGAAUUUGCCAAAAAUGAACUGAUUGAGGCACAGACACAGAGGAUUGAAAAUGAAAUAGAGGAUGCAAGACUGCAAGCACAGACUGAUAUGAUGAAGGAACUCCAAGCUGCCAAGGAAAUGGCCCAAAUGGAGCUCACACAGCAAAAAAAUUUGUAUGAAAAUCGAAUCCGCCAGCUUGAAAGAGAACUGGAGGAAGAGCUGGAAAGGAAGAGGAGUAUAAAAAGGAGCCUAAAGGAAAGCAGGCCAGCCACUGGCAGGGAUCAUCUUCCCCCAUCUGGACUAUAUAGCCAGGGUGUUGAAAUGGGAAUAAAGCACAGCAAAUUCAUGCAGGUUCUGGAACUGGAGAAGGAGACCCUUGUGAGCCAAGUGGAAAAGAUGCAGCAGCAAGGAAAGAAAAGCAUUUCUGCGGAAAAGCAAGCACAAUGGACAGCCUUGCAGCUAUCAAUUGCUCUGCAAGAAGCCAACACGAUCAGCAAAAGUAUGAACAAACAUACAGUGUUUUCAAGGUACGACUUGCCUGUGCUGAGCGGAGAAGAACAGGCUGUAUAUGUCCGAGUCACAAACACAAAACUUGGUAUAUCUACUAUGUGGAGCCAGGGGAAGUUUGAAGAGAAAUUGGUGUGCAUGAGAGAACUGUACCAAGGAUCCUUUGAAGGCAAUGCUGAUGAUCUGUUUUAUGACCCAACGGAUACAUGGGAAGCUGAAUCCAAGCAACCAUCACCCAAGAGAACAAGAAAUUCACUUUCCAGACAAACAUCUGGCUUACUACUUGGAAAAGUGCCCACAGAUGUGGCUGUUUCCAGUGCCACAUUCUCCUCUGUCUGCAAGCAGCUGGUAAUCUCUGAAGCAGAGUUACUGGGCAAAGAGAAAGAUUUUCCAGGGCUCAUCCUUCAACUUCUCACACACCUUCAUGAAGUCUGGACCUCAACCAAUGAUGUCUUACUGGGGUAUGAGCAGCUGGAAUUCGGAGAUUUGGCUGUUCAGCCUCACUUAAUAAAGGUGUCCACUGCCUUCAGCCGUAUGACCACAUCAGCCCAGUUCCUUGAUGCCUACCCAGAACACCCAGUCCCCUGUCCUCAGCGCCAACUCCUAGAUGAACUGAAGAAGCUUGGAGGCAGUAUAGCCUUUCUCCUACACGGAUGUGAAUGUGACAUUACCUCAAUGAUAAAGUCGUCCAAGAAGCAGAUUAACCAAUCUGUCACUGCCAUUGCUGCAAGGCUCGGCCAGCUUUCUGUCUCCCAGCGACUGAAUUUUAGUCGAGGCCCGGAGGAAAAAUGUGGUAUGGAGCAUACAGAGCUCAUUUCUCAAAAGAUUACAGAAACUUUUAUUGGUGCAGUAGAAGAAUCCAUUGGGUCCCAAAUAGAUUUCCAUCUCAAAGAGGUUAUAUCUCUUGAAGAACAGUGCCAGAAGGUAUCUGCCGAAAGCCACAAGCUUGCCGAAGAUCUCCGGAAGUCUCUGCUCCCAGUUGGAAACUGUUUAAAAAACUUCCUGAACAAAAUUAAGUGGUUUUGGGCCCAAUACCAGACCCUUAAGGCUGAAAAGACAGAAGAUGCCCAAGAUCCUGCAAUCCAUGAGCUCUACUAUUUUUAUUCAACUAUUGCAUAUCAUCUUACUAGCCUUACUGGGGCAUGGAAGCAACUCUCUCACAAGGGGCUACAAUUCAUAGCAGAAAGAGGUGUGGACUUUACAACAAUGAGGACAGAUCUGGAGGUGUUUUCCAAAAAUGCUCCACUUUUAGCCAAAGCAUUUUACUCUCUGUACCAAGAUACUGCUGAUCAGCAUCCUGGCUAUGACCUCUCUUUGGUGACAAAGGACUUUGGGACAGCUGUCCAUGAGCUGCAUUCCUCUGCCAGAGAUUUAUUGAGGCUUGUGGAGGUGCUAGGGGGGGUUAAUUGCUUCAGUUCCGGGAUGUUCCUCCCUCCCAACAAUAGACAGUUGCCUGGGGGUUCGAAAGCUGACUUGGGAUUUCACAUUUGGGGGAGAAGUAGAGAUUCUGUGCGAGUGGCUGUGGCCAAAUGGAAUCAUGAAGCUCUGCUAAGGGAGAAAAUAAAUUUAGAAAGAAAAAGGACUGUGUAAAUCAUCUGCAUCACCCUUGUUCAACCCUACUGCAAAGUGGGAUGCACUAUAAUACAAAUCUGAUUUAUGUGAUUCCAAAGGCACUCAUCAUAUCCCAAUGGCUAAUUUAUAAAUGGCUUAAAUAAGCAAUUUGCGAGGGUUGCAAAAUGUUCCAUUGUGCAGGUUUUUCUUUUUAUGUCAGGAUUUUGCAGACAAGAUAACUGCCCAUCCUUGGAAUGGGCAGAAUCAAGUAAAUGUAAAUUGUUUUGGGGUCUUGCAUCUGUUUUGCUCUGCUGUACUUCUUUGUGCUCUAUUCCAUAAUGUAAUAAUGUAAACAGUUCAAACCUUCUUUGUUGCAUUACCUACAAAACUUUCCUUGUGUGACCUAUGUUUAUACUUGUAUGUAAAAUGUCUUUUCUUGUGCUUUAUACUGUACUUCUAUAAUGUAAUGCAAUUGAAUAAAUUGUCUGGCUCUAUAUGUAUUUGUACUGGGGCAGUAUCUGUAUUUGGAAUGGCAGUGCAUUUAGCCCCAGCACCAUUAUCUUCAUGCCUUUCAUGCCACCAUGCAGUUUAUUGAAUGGUACUUUUUGGUGUGUUGACGCAACCUGGUUCUGGGUUUUGAAUGGACUGCAUUAAAGUAAUGCAUAAAUUCAUACACCUAAACUAUAUAAAUACCCAAUUCUAAUUUACCUCAUGUUUGUUUUGUGGCAGACUGCACUAAAUAAGCUAACAGGUCCUCUAUGGUGUAAUGCAUUGGUUUAGCUCAGGUUUUCUUUGGUGCAACCCCAUAUGUACUCUGUAUUAUCUCACAGGUCCUCUAUGGUGUAAUCCAUUGGUUUAGCUCAGGUUUUCUUUGGUGCAACCCCAUAUAUACUCUGUAUUAUCUCACAGGUUCUCUAUGGCUGAACACACUUGGUUACUUACUAAAGGACACAUUGGAUUGGUUGUCAAGUCCUUUAUGUUGCUAUGCACUGAUUGUUUUUUACAAAUCCUCCAUGUCACACCUCACAAGUCCACUAUGGCAUAAUUUUAUGUAGCGUGCACAUACAUUUAGAGACAUUAUAAGUCUCUAUGCUAGGUAGAGUUUUCUGGCAUGAAUAGUAUACACUAGGUUAGAAUUUAAUGUUUUGAAAGUCGAUACUUCACUAUACUACACUACAUUAAGAUAAUUCACUACACUACAUUAUGGUGGAAUGCACCAGGCAUUAGAAAACACUGAAUUACUAUACAAGCACUUACCUUCUGUGUUGUCUGUAGUGGAAUUUGUAGAUCCAGUUGUGAAUUUACAAUACCCUUGACCUUUUGCAAUAAUUACUACCUUUUUUCAUUGCAUGUAAACUUGAAACAGUAGAACAGCCUCCAGAGCAGUUUAAAAACAAAAUGGGUACGGGCUAGUACUGUUACUAGAAACACUGCCAUUGAUGUCACUAAACAAAUCUUGCACGAAUCUCUGCAUAGAAAGUGGUUUAGUAUAUAAAUACCCUCCCAAAGCACAAAUUUACAUUGCUAAAUAUCGCCAUAUACAAAUGCCGUUUCCAUUACUGGUGCUUUUUUCUUUUCACGCUUUAUGGAGUUGCUUUCUGUAGAUACAGACACAUGGUGGUCAUUUUCUUUCUUUACUUCAUUCAGACACCUGGUUAUUGUACUGUAAUCAUUGUUGUAAUCACCACCUUUUAUAGCUCAUGUCUGUUUAAUGAUCACAGUUUGGCACCUUUAUAUAAUUCUCCAGCAAUUAAAAUGUUACUGAUGUGGUUUUAUGGACAGUAGCUUCAACAGGUUUGCAUUAUUAAGAACAGAUCUUCUGUAGUAGGUCACUUGGGUAUAUGUGUAAACACAGAGGCUGUGAAUAGAAAGCUGGCUAUUAACUACAAAUGUGUUGAAUUAAAUGUUCUUGUGUUUUA